AUGGCAUCGAGAUCGGGAGACAGUGUCACGGCAUCCGGGCGUCCUCGAAGGCGGGCCGUCGAGGCCUGUUCGUUCUGCCGGCGGCGCAAGAUAAAAUGUAACAACGAGCAACCAACGUGCGCUAAUUGCAAGACUUACGGUAAGGACUGCGUCUACGAACCUCUGGCGAGUAUUGCCGAGAAGGCGGCAGAGACCACGCCAGCUUUGCGUCGUGCGGAAAGGCGGCGACAAAGCACUCGGAGGGGCGACAGAACAGACCUCGGCACCCCGUCACGGAUCCCGGAAGAUAAUGGAGUGAGUGUCUCUCCCGCGGAGCACGAUGGCGAUACGCCACACACCCCUGGAAGCAAUGGUCCCGCGACCCACUCAACCCUUCACACCAACACGCGACCGGCCAGUCUAGCAGAGACCGACCCCCGAGCGGGGGUUUCCCGCAUCGUUGUCUCCGCAAAUGGAAUUUCGAGCUAUCAUGGCCGCACGAGUGCUCUGUUCGAGGAGAGUCUGCAGGAGCGAUCGGCGGCCGUCGACUUGCGUCCACAGAUGUCGGAUGAUUGGAUAGAGAAGGGAUUGGUUGCCGAGGCGGCUAGACAACGCCAACUCGAGGAGUUCAAUUUUAGAGCGGGUAAACUCGACUUCGAUGGUGUGGACCCGGAAUUAGGCAUGCACCUCCUGUCCCUGCACUGGAAUCGCCAGCAUCACUCGUUUCUGCUCACAUAUCGGCCCGCAUUCAUGCGAGACAUGGCCUGCAAUGGACCAUACUUUUCAAAGAUACUGCUCAACGCCAUCUACUUUGGGGCCUCCAAGUUCAGUCCUCGUCGUGAGGUCCGGAGAGAUCCCAAUGACGUACGCACAGCCGGAUGGGCAUUCCGUGAGCGUGUCCGAAAGUUGCUUGGUGAUGCGCUUGACAAGAGUGAUAUCACAACCAUUCAAGCCUUGCUGGUGAUGACCAAUUCGCUGUUUGCAUUGGGUGAUGAGAGGAGUGCUGCAUGGUUGUACGCAGGCCUGGCGUUUCGUAUGAUCAUCGAUUUGGGCAUGCAUGUUGAUGCACCGGGCCUUGGCAUCACGCGGAAGUUCUCUGACGAGGAUCUGGAGAUAAGGCGGCGGGUCUUUUGGGGUGCCUUUGUCGUCGACAAGAUCCAGAGUCUGUACCAGGGGCGUCCAGCUUCACUGAAAGAAUCCGACACGCUGGUCCCUAUCAAGUUUCUCGACACAUUUGAAGAGUUUGAAAACUGGAAACCCUUCGCGUAUUCCACCGAUGCCACUAGCUACCCUGGCUGCCCGGCAUACAGCGUGUCGACAUUCACGUGUCUCUGCCGUCUGUCAGUUGUCAUGAGCGACAUCCUAAGCUGUAUUUACACGGAGCGAGCAUUUGACAAGAGUGCGGCAGAGCUUUCCAUCAUGCUUGAGAACCUUAGCUCCAAAUUGGCUGCUUGGAAGGACACCCUGCCUGCACACCUUACCUUCGACCCGAAGAGUAACUGCAGAGUCCCCCCUCCGCAUGUACUAAGCUUACACGCCAUGUACCAUGUUCUCACAAUCCUUCUCCACCGUCCGUUUGUGGCCGAUGGUCAUCUGUACAACACUUCUCGCUCGAUAUCGGUCAACUCCUUUAUUACCUGUGCAACAUCAGCAAACAGCAUAGUUGGAAUCCUCCGAGCAUACGACAAAGUAUUUUCCGUGCGACACGCACCUUACCUGAUUUCCUAUGCCACAUACGUCGCCGCCACGAUCCAUGUACGAAUCGCCGCGAAGCGGAGCACGGAAUCGGAGGCUCGGGAACGCCUGGAAACCUGCAUGGCCGUGUUCCGUGAAAACCAGGAGACGAACUGGGCAGUUAGGAGGGCCAAAACUAUCGUGGAAGGCUUGAUGACGCGGCUGGGUGUAAGCCUCUCUCGCGUUGACGCUGGCGAGAAAUACAGGAGCAAUGCGUACCCCAACAUGGACGGAACUAGCUCCGGCGUUCCUGAAGCUCGAAGAGACGCCGAAAACCACGAAACCUUGCCAAGAGCCGAUGUGUUACAUCCUCCACAAAUUGUGCUAGAAAACACAUCGCCUCCCAUGGGCUGGUCAGAUAUCGACGGGAUCAUUCAGAGCUUUGUGCGAGGGCAAGAUAACAACGCAGUCGCAAUGGAUCUGAGCCAGGCAGAGCUCCAUAAUCAGCCGCUGCCUGCAGGACCGGGGCUGCAACCCGCGACCUUUGAUUCUUCCAACUUAAUGGGCCACCAGGCUUGGUUUCAGGGAAUGCCGGAUGGAGAUGGCGGCGCCGCUUCCUUUGACGAUCUUCUCUUCGGCUUCAACGGCUCCGCACUCGACAGCGUGUUUUCCUGA